CAUUGACUUCAAGACCACAAAGGCAUACAUCGAGAAACCAGUUACGGACCCUAUCGACAUACAAUGGAUGGUUGCUGAGAUUCCACAACAAAAGGAAGGCUCAGUCGAUUGUGGUGUAUUUGUGGAUGCAUUUGCGGAGUAUGUUAGCCUUGGAGAUUUAGCAAUCCCAAAGGAAGAUCUUUCUGAUAUUGACCAACAUCGUAGACGCUAUGGAGCUCUACUGUGGGACUAUGCAACAAAGAAGCAAGAAGAUGGGUCAAUUAGUGAGAGUGAGGUUACUGGCAGGCUAGCAAGGAGGAAGGGUGCUCCGGCAAAAAACGAGAGGACUAGAGUGCAGCGAAAGAAGAAAUAUACUAUUGUGUUCCUAGUUUGGUCUGUGAAAUUUGGUAGUUGAAUUGGAAAACAAUGUAGGAAAUAUGUCGUUUUGGUUUUCUACAACACUUUUUGUUGAUUACAUUAUACUCGAGUACUCUGAUUACAUUUUUACAGCAACAGCUUUGUCUUACAAUUUGACUUUAA